UUUGUGUGUUGCUAUGACGAUGGUGACGGGACGAUGGUUUGAAGUGCAUGCAAUGGCGUCACUUCUAAACGCGGAUUUAAAAAUAUACGAAUACGCGAAUUUGAUGUCGUAACGGAUGUCAUUAGAGUGAAACGACGUUUGUCUUGUAACGUAAUCAGUAUGUAAUCAAAUAGUUUACCAAAACUGUAAGAGGAAAAUAAAAGAAAGUGGUUGAGAUAUGAACGAGGGACCAACUCGUGGCUCGAUUUGGUCAUCAUCUUUUGCCGUUGAAUGCGUCCGAGCAUCAACACACAAGGAUGACGACUGGGGGCCUUCUGCUAUAAAGUCAUGCCUGGCGCAUCACAAAAAAGAACAGCGAAAGAAUGCUCGAGUCACAUUUCAGAAUGGGCAACACCUAGAGAAACCGGUCUCAGACAGCGGCCCUAGUAUGCCGCCGUUACUUGGAUAUGACUGGAUAGCAGGUGUCCUGGAUGUGGAAAAGUCCCUGGAAGAACGCUCAGAUGAUUUCUACAAUAAUCUCCAAGACUUUCGAAUGCAAAACGAAAGCGAAUGCAUGCAACGGCCUCAACCGAAAUAUUUAUCAGAUAAGCAGUCUGUCAUGUCACUGUUUGCAGACACCGACAGCCUGAACGUCUACACACAUAAUCAUCAGUGCACAUUCUUGUACAAGCUGAAUAGUAGACUGUUCCCCGUCCCUAUUGACCCCGACGAAUCCUGUCCGCUGUGCAGCAGGCCCAAAUGGUCCCACCCCCACACAAAUGAUAAACCAGCUCUCGUCAGAGUUAGCAUCCCUCACUCCACCCUGCUGCCACCUUAUGACUACAAACCACCUUGCCGCAAUAGUUUCAAUCCAGCUGAUAGUUUAGGGUUGUCCUCUAAUUGCCUCUUGGGCUGGUCCAACACAGUUCGGAGGUACCAGUAUUUGCAACCACCCAGCAACCUUGACUUACGAAGUCACGUGGAAAAGUGCACUGAGCCACCAGAGGAUGACAUGUUCACAGCCUUUUCAUUUGACCAAGCGCCACCUCUUACUCCAUUGCCCCGUUCCCAUUUUGAGCACAUCUCGCCCAAAAAGAAAAGAAAACGACGAGUACCUUCGUUUUGCAGCUGACAGACCCUAAAAAAAAACCCUGUUUUUUUAUUAUGUAAGGCUUGUUCUCAUUUAGACCAACUGCAAGUGACUUUUGUGCGAGAGGCAGGAUUCAUCUUGGACUGGUUGCCAGCCAAUUAUAGGGUAGACAAAUCCACAGUUAUUUACUUUUUAAUAAGUCUAACAUACUUUUGGAAUGAAGGAGAAAGUCAGACUAUACAAAGUCCACACAGGAGGGCUCAUGCCCAGAAUCUCUUACUGUAAGGCAAAAAUAGAUUUUACCAGAAAUUAUGAAUGUUGUGAAAUUGUGUGUUAUGUCUAAUAAAUAUACUGAUCAUUUUAGAA